AUGUCUAAGUGGAAGUUGUGCCGCCAAACUUUUGGAAAUGAUGAAUUUGAAUUAAAAGACGGUGAAGUAACAAUUGGCAGGGGUGUAAAUAAUACAAUAAAAUUUACAAGUAUAUUUGUAUCCAGAAACCAUUGCCUAAUUUCUGUCAACCAGGAUGAAGUGGUUAUCACCGAUUUGAAGAGCUCCAAUGGUGUGUAUGUGGGAGAAAAAAAAAUACCACCAGGAACCCCAUAUAUUCUAAGUAAUAAUGACAUUAUAGGCUUUGGUUGGGCAACCGUAGCUCCACAAGGAAACAUAAAGGAUGAUGAGAAGCAUGUUUACAAACUAAUCAAAAAUGUUCCACCUGAAAAGAAAUUAAAACGUAAAUUAGAUACAAUAGAAAAUAUUCCCAGUGUAAGCAUUGUAGAAUAUGGUCAAAAUAGCGAAAACAGUUCAAAUGAUAGCAAUGCUGGUGAAAUGAUAAACAGAACAGCUAUUACUAGUCUUGAAGCCAAAAAACCAAAACUUGAACCAAAUUUCAUAGACCUAACUGAAGAUCAAAAUGACGAUUUACAACAUGGUUUAAUUAAAAAUAAACAAGAUUAUUAUAUUAUUAAUGAAGAACCUGAAAUUAUACUUAGUGACAGUGAUUAUGAAGCAGAGCAUAGAUAUGUGAGAAUAUCAGAAAGUUUACAAAAUCCUCCAAUAAAAAUGGAAAAAAAAGAUACCGCCAAUGAAAAUUCUAUCUACAGUCAACAAGAUGAUGCUAUUGAAGUAGACUCAGAUGAAGUUGAAGAAGUAAAUGAACCUGAACAAUUAGAAAAAACACCAUAUAAAGAAUUACCAAAGGAUGAUACAAACAAACAAUGUAUUGUUUUUGAUGAAAUAAAAGAUAGUGAUCACGAUGACAUUGUUAUUUACAACAGACCAUCUAAAAAUAUUAAUCUUCAAGCAUUCGAACAAAUUGAUAAUAAUUCAAAUACAGUGACAAAAUCACAAAUACAAGAAAUUAAUAUAUAUUGUGGAGACAACAAAGAAUCUCAUGAACCAAAAAGUAUAGCAGAAACAAGUUCAGAAGAAAAAAGAAUUGAAGAAAAAUCAUCAAAACUAAUUCCUACUUCUAAAGUAUCUGCUUCAAUACUAAGUAAGACCAUAGAAAAAUCAAAGGAUGAAGUAAAACAAUCAAUAUCUAAGAAAAAGAAAUCCAAUUCACUGAAGAAACCCACUCUAACAGAUUCUCAAAAAAAGAAAAGGAGACAGAAACUUAAAGAAAUAUGUGAAAAAGAAAUUCAUAUAGUGACAACAGAGUCUAUUGCUAAUUCAAAAAUACAUGAAAAUAGCACAAAUAGUAUAAGUACAAACAAAACACAGAACUCCAAAGAUAUUCCUAAACUGCUGGAGAUUGAAGAAGUAAAUAACAAGAAAUAUAAUAAAAUAAAACCUUUUUCAAAACCAAAAAAUCCCAUUCAAAUUAUCGAACCCCAUGUAAUGCAAACUAGCAAAAAGAGAAUAGCUCAUAAUAAAGUUAUACAAAAUAUUGAACCCAAAGAUACAUCAGAUAUAAAUAUGAGAAACAGCCAUAAGACUUCCGCAGUGGUGCAUAAUAAGGAUGUUGACAACAUUAUAAUUGCCAAGCAAAAUCAAAGGCCAGUACUAGAUAAUCCACGAGUGUGUUUGUCACUAAAAAAGAAAGUUCUUAUGAAGAUCCUCACAUGGAACCCUAGUUGGCUUGAGGAACAAAAACAACAAACAAAACCGCCUCCUAUAUUAAAUGAUAAAAAAGCACUUCUGACAUUAUUUUUAUCAUUCGACAACUAUAAGCGCUAUGUGAGACAAAUGGAAAAUUUAUUACUCAUAGAAAUAUGGGAAUGUCUCACGCAGGAGUUUAAUUAUCUGAAGGAAAGGAAAUAUAUAAAUCUUCAAAUUGAAACUUUACCCCUCAAGCCACCUCAGGAGAGGUCUUUGUUAAUGUCCACAAUCAACAUGAAACUGGUGCCCCGGCAUGGUGACAUAAUGAUAUUAAAAUUCAGGAAAUGUGACAAGGAAAAUUCAUACAAAUUAAAAUUUUGCUUUAUACAUAAAAUCGAUCAUAUAUCCUCAUACAAUAGAAAAACAAUUGUUCUAUCAUGCUAUGUUACUUACUCCGAUCUGUUUGAGAGCUUACAACCUGGCGAUGAAUUGACUGGAGAUAACAUAACUUAUAUACAUAAAGAAUUAGCAAUGUUUGAAGCUAUGGAACUAUUGGAGAAAUCACCUUUAAGAGAUGUUAUAUUGAAACCUGAACCCUCGCAGUAUACUGAUAUUGAUAAAAAUAAGUUCAAAUUCACAGAAUCACAGUGGACGGCGUCGUUGAACGACAGCCAGAAGCGUGCCGUAGCGGAGUCUGUUAGCGCCGCUCUUGAUUCCCAGCCAGUGUUGAGAAUGAUCCAAGGACCGCCGGGGACCGGAAAGUCUAAAGUGAUAUGCUCUAUCGUGAUGGCGUACUUCUAUGGAAAUUCAAUGAAAAAGCAAAGUAAAAGGGGCAAGAUAUUGAUUUGUGCGACAAGCAACGCGGCUGUCGACGAGCUGGUUAUCAGGUUAUUAAACUUGAGAAAUACACUAGUGGAAGAAGAACGUUUCCGUCUAGUCCGUGUUGGACGUCUGGAGUCCAUGCACCGUGACGUCAGAGACGUCAGCACACAGACGCUGGCUCACAAACACGCGCGGAGAGAAGAUGAUAGUGACGUCACUAAGGAGAUUGCUCGUAAUCAAGCCAUAAUCGAUAGAUGGAAGGCUGAGAAGGCGACCGACCCGGCCAGGGCCGCCUACUGCCACGACCGCGCCAAGUACUUCGCUAGACAGAUAGAACUGCUCCGCGGUGGCGACGUCCGUCCCGGCCGUUUGAUGGAUGUUGAGCGUCGGUUGGUGGAAGAAGCCGACAUCGUGGCCACAACCCUCGCCAGCUCAGUCAACCACAAGAUGCGGGGGUUGAGAGGUGUCGAACUUUGUAUAGUGGACGACGAGGCGGGUCAGGCCAUUGAACCCGAAACGUUGCUGCCUCUGAUGCUGGGAGUCAACAAGAUGACGCUCGUGGGAGACCCGCAGCAACUACCGGGGUACAUCUGUUCAGAGCGAGCCAAGACCCACGGUCUGGACAGGAGUCUGUUCUCGAGGCUGGCCGAGUACAGUGCGUGUUGGGAACGACGGCCGCUAGUGUUACUGGACCGACAGUACAGGAUGCACCCCGCCAUCGCCGACUACCCCAACAGAGCCUUCUAUGGGGGGAGGGUGCAGUCCGAACCCCCGCCGACACUCUCGCUACACCUACCACCCUACUGCAUACUGGAUAUACCGGGCAGUGAACAUGACGAGGCGUGGGGCGCGGCCCGGGUGGCGCUGGCGGUGUACUCGGCGGCUCGAGCCCACCAGCCGCAGCUGUCCGUGGCCAUCAUCACACCGUACGUCGCACACAGAGAUUUGCUGAGGAAGUACCUGCUGGAAUUAGACGAGUGUGGUCGUGGCGUGGAGGUGAACACGGUGGACAGUUUCCAGGGUCAGGAGCGGGACCUGGUGGUGGUGUCCCUGGGCAGGAGGCAGGGGGUCGGCUUCCUGGCACACGCGGGACGGAUGAACGUGCUCCUCACACGAGCCAGACACAUGCUCAUACUGUGCCUCUAUAAGAACGCUGUAGAUAAACACGAACAAUGGCGUACAUUAUUGAGAGAUGCCGAAGAAAAAAACUUGUUCAAGACCCUCCCCAGCUACAUGUGUAGACCCGGCGGCUCCUCCGCCAGACAGGCUUCCUCGAAGGAAGUGUUGGAAUUCUUAAGAUCUAAGAAGAAUAAGCAUGGACAUAAAUGA